GAUGCUAGCUAACGUUAGCUGCUUCCAGCCCAAACUUUUAACUCGAGACUGAAACCUGAACCCAGCCCUUUAAAAUAACCGAAAAUGAAUGUGAUAGAUCAUGUGCGGGACAUGGCUGCCGCCGGCCUUCACUCCAAUGUCCGGAUAUUGAGCAGUUUGUUGCUCACGAUGAGUAAUAACAAUCCAGAGCUAUUCUCACCGGCCCAGAAGUACCAGCUGUUGGUUUACCACGCUGAUGCCAUCUUCCAUGAUAAGGAGUAUCGCAAUGCUGCCUGCAAAUACAGUAUGGCUCUGCAGCAGAAGAAGGUGCUCAGCAAAACAUCUAAAGUUCGUACCUCUACUGGUGGAGCCGCCUCUAACAUACAGGCACAGAGUUUGCCGUCAGAAAUUGAGGUAAAGUACAAGAUAGCGGAAUGCUACACAAUUUUGAAACUGGAUAAAGAUGCCAUUGCGGUGCUUGAUGGGAUUCCCUCCAGACAAAGGACUCCAAAGAUCAACAUGAUGCUGGCAAACCUGUACAGGAAAGCUGGUCAGGAACGUUCUGCUGUGACAAGCUACAAAGAGGUGCUCAGACAGUGUCCCCUUGCCUUGGACGCAAUAAUUGGCCUUCUCUCUCUGUCAGUAAAAGGAGCUGAAGUGGCAUCCAUGACUGUGGAUGUGAUCCAGAGCAUCCCCAACCUGGACUGGCUCUCUGUUUGGAUCAAAGCAUACGCCUUCAUACACGCCGGAGACAAUCAAAGAGCUAUUAACACUAUUUGCUCUUUGGAGAAGAAAUCUCUCUUGCGGGACAAUGUGGACCUCCUGGUGAGCCUGGCAGAUGUUUACUUCAGGGCAGGUGACACCAAAAAUGCCAUUCUGAAAUUUGAACAAGCCCAGAUGCUGGAUCCAUAUCUCAUUAAAGGAAUGGAUGUAUACGGCUAUCUCAUGGCCCGUGAGGGUCACCUGGAGGAUGUUGAAGUCCUGGGUGGACGAUUAUUUAAUAUAUCAGACCAGCAUGCUGAACCCUGGGUGAUCUCUGGUUGCCACAGCUUUUAUAGCAAGCGGUACUCCAGGGCCCUCUACCUGGGGGCCAAGGCCAUCCAGCUGAACAGCAACAGUGUACAGGCUCUCCUCCUGAAGGGGGCCGCACUGAGAAACAUGGGCCGAGUUCAGGAAGCCAUCAUCCAUUUCCGAGAGGCCAUGCGCCUGGCACCCUGCCGGCUCGACUGCUAUGAAGGUCUGAUCGAUUGUUACCUGGCAUCCAAUGGGAUUCGAGAGGCUAUGGGAAUGGCAAACAACAUCUAUAAGACUCUGGGGGCCAAUGCGCAGACUCUUACUAUCCUUGCCACAGUAUGCCUGGAAGACCCAGUGACUCAGGAGAAAGCCAAAACCCUGCUGGACAAAGCACUGGCCCAGAGACCCGACUACACCAAGGCUGUGGUCAAAAAGGCGGAGCUGCUCAGCCGAGAACAGAAAUAUGAAGAGGGGAUCGCUCUCCUGAGGAAUGCCUUGGCCAAUCAGAGUGACUGUGUCCUGCACAGAAUGCUGGGAGAUUUCCUGGUGGCUGUCAAUGAUUACCAAGAAGCCAUGGACCAGUACAGUAUAGCGUUAAGCCUGGAUCCUAACGACCAGAAGUCUUUAGAAGGCAUGCAGAAGAUGGAGAAGGAGGAGAGCCCUACUGAUGCCACUGUGGAGCUGGACGGUGACGACAUGGAGGGCAGUGGAGAGGACGGAGAUCUGGAGGGCAGUGACAGUGAAGCGGCUCAGUGGGCAGAUCAGGAACAGUGGUUUGGGAUGCAGUGACCCUGGGCCGCUGAGGGAGGCUCAGCCAGUACCACCUUCUAAACUCUGCAGCCCACAGGAAGCCUUCAGCUGUCAGGGCUGUCAAACAGGACGGUGCAGCCUCUGGAGGUCGUACUGCUGCUCACUCCUCACACCAUCAGAGGUCAACACCAAGUGACUGAUGUUGCUAACUUUAAAGACAACAAAGCUUUGACAUGGAACUCAGAGAUUAAUGUUUGCACCCUUGGAUGAACUGAUGCUUGAUUUUUGCUUCAGGAGGACUGCAGUGAUUUUAUUAAAACACAGCUUAUUGCAGAACUCCAGCCAUUUUUGAUCAGAUUCUGUUUUCAAUCCUGCUGACAACCUCAUCAGCUUCACCGUGAGGUCACUUCAGCUUUAUUUACUGGUUUUCACAGCUCUCCAGCACAGUCUUAUAAAACCAAGGGGCGCUCAACCCCAGAAAAGCAAAAUGACGCCUUUAUUUCUCACUUUGUGGUGAGAGAUGUUGGCACAUUUCUCAUAUUGCCGUGGCUAUUUUCUACUUGGCUGCUGGGCAGUGCAAAACACAACUUAAUGUUAAACUAUUCACAGCGAGCAUCCUUGUUUUUAAUGUGACCUUUCUGUGCUGUACUGAGAGCUGUUUAGGGCAAAGUGAAUGCAGGAAAAUAAGCACUGAAGCAGUUGAAAUUUGGUCAACAUCAACUGAUGAAAACUCAGGUUAAGGCCAAAAAUGCCUGGAGUUACAUGCGACGUGUUACAGAAGAGGCUGGCAAAGAUUUUUAAUUUUUGUUUGAGCCUGACUGACUCAAGUUUCCUCAGAGGAGGCAAAGUUUGGAUGUCAUCUGUGUCACAAUAAAGCUUGUGAAUAUUGCAGGACUUUCUGUCUCUGACAGGCAAACUGGAAGUCUGAACAAGUAAGUGUUCCAUAUUUCUGCUGCUUUUUAAAAUAUAUCUCCAUUUCUGUCACAUGAGAAUUUGUGUCAUGUAGUAUGUUUUUUUUUAUUACUGUGUGCUGCCCAUUGCCUUUCUUUAUAUAAAUAUAUAAAAAAAAAAUAACCCCAUGAUUGACUCAUUCUGAAGUUGGGAAGUUUUACUUUAUCACUUCAAGACAAAUGUGUAUAGUAUUUUGUACAUAUUUUAAAUGUAUAAUAAAAUUAUUAAACACUCUCACUUGA